UAUACCACAAGCGGGUAAUAAUCGACUUUCAAAUUUAUAGACCAAAAAUUUGGUUCAUAAGCUCCAUUAACGCUUCGAAAAUGAACUCGACGAGACACUUCAAAUCACGUAUUCGAGAAGAUUAGCUCAGAGAUAAACCCGAAAUCGCAAUGGAGAGUGCAUUCGCUAGUGCCUCUUCGAACAGCGACCGACGCCAGAAAAUCGAACAGUACAAGCACAUUCUCUCCACCGUUCUCGCAUCAAGCGAUAUCCAACAAGCCAAGCAAUUCAUCGAUUACAUGCUAUCGGAUGACGUGGCCUUGGUGGUAUAUAGACAGCUAUUGCAGACAUUUGCCCAGGAAUUCGAUAGAUUGGAACCUGAUGUUCAAAAGGAAGUAGCACACUAUACUCUCAACCAGAUACAGCCUCGUGUGGUGUCCUCUGAAGAACAAGUGUUGAUCAUUCGGGAAAAACUCGCAGAAUUAUAUGAGUCUGAGCAACAAUGGUCAAAAGCAGCUCAGAUGCCUAGUGGCAUUGAUUUAGACUCUGCAAUGAGAUUCGUUGAUGAGACAUUCGGAAUUUCAAAAUGUGUCCAAAUUGUUCGUCUCUAUCUGGAGGAUGAUGAUGCAGCUAAUGCAGUAGCGUUUACAAAUAAAGCUUCCUUUAAAGUUAACGACAUUAAGAAUGAAUCAUUAAAUUUGCAGUAUAAGGUUUGCUAUGCUAGGAUUUUGGAUUCGAAGAGAAAAUUCUUGGAAACUGUCUUGCGUUACUUUGACAUUUCUCAGAUUGAGAAGCGACUAAUUGAUGACGAACAUUCCACAGGAUUUAUGUCUGGCCAAAAGGAAGAGGAAAGGCAAACUCAAUUAGAGCUUACGCAUGCACAAGGAAUUGCAGGUCUCAUAGUACCAUCCAAUUAUUGGCAUGCUAAAUAUCCCCAUCUGUUCCACCCAGCUUUUGGUGAUCUAAAACUAUCUCAACAGCCAGCACUGCGGUAUCACCCUCUCAGUAUGCACGAUAUGAUGAAAAAUCUGAAAUUGAAUGAAUUGUGGGCAAGGACACCCCGCGAUUUUCUUGGCUUCAUGAAGUUUCGACUAGUCGGUAAAGACUUUGUGAACUUUACAGCCGUAUGUUGUUCCUUCCUAGAAGCUCCAUUGAUGCCUUGGAUUACAGAUUUUUCUGAUAUCCGUUUUCUCACCAUAGAGUCUGCCACUAUUCAAAUGUUCAAUCCUUUUCGGAACAUAAAACUUUUUUCUUCGGGUCCACAAGUUCCAAAAUUGUUGCAUUCCGAGUUGCUGUGUGCCAAGGGACACUGGCUUCUCAUUGGUAAUGGACAUGACCUGUUUUUCUUUAAUGCUACCAGUCAUAUGGUAAUUUCUCUACCGAACCGAUUAGACAAAGACAAUAUCUACCGCACUAACUGGACGUUUAUUGGAACCCCAGACUCUUCAGAUUGCUUUGUGAUCGGAGUCGAAUUUGCAGGCUCUCCCCCUGCUGUCUACUUAACUAAGGUCGGAGAAAAAAUUUGGCAUUAUCAUGAACUUUUUGAUAAUCACGUUCCUGAUGGGAAAAUAGUCAUUCUGGUAAAAUUCUACAAUCCAGUUAUUUUUGGAAAUUCUAUCUAUCUUGUGGGGGAAGAGGACGAUCUGGCGAUUCUAACUUUAGAGGAAAGCUCCGCAGAACGGCCUAAUUGGUAUUUCUUUUGGAACACUUUUACUUUUGAGGAACAAGAAAACGUAAAAAGGGUAUAUGGUGUUGAAGAUUCUGAUGGGGACAGUUUGAUCAUCGUUUGUUGUAUGGAUGCUGAACCCAGCGUAAACGUGUGGAGAUACACAGUCACUGACCUUACCUUGGUAAGGGAGAGACUAUUGGAUCUCAACGGGAACACGAUGUUUGUAAGUAGUGGUUCGGCAUAUUUGAAACAGUGCUCUGAAGUCGGGUUUGAAAACAAAAUUUUCUUCCCUUUGCUACAUGGUGAUCAUAACAGCGUAUUCUUCUGUUUGAAAGCACAGAAAUUCUUUUCAUAUGAUUACUCGACACAGAGAGGGGUUUCCAAUUCAGACUAUCUUCACAUUGGAAAACCCAUAUCGGGCGUAUGGAUUGACGAUGAUUUUGUUCUUUGAUUUUUGUUUUCUGUAGUUAUAUUUCUCACCUUUUCUUCAUGUUCAUGUAUUCUGUACCAGAAAUUGCUAAUAUUUUGCACCUUUUUGUACGUUCAAGGUAUAUUGCAAUGUAUGGAUUGAAGAUUCUAUUUUUUAAUUUUUGUUUUCUGUA